AUGUCGACAUCCAGGCUGCCCUGUAUUCCUUCGCUUCGAAAGCAGCAGCUCCACCUGGAAUUUGCGAGCUUGAGACAUGCGGCACCGCCAGGGGUUUACGCGAGCCUCGCGCCGGGGGACCCGACACUCUGGAAUGCAGUGAUCUUUGUUCGCUCAGGCCCCUAUGCCUCAGCCAUCCUCCGAUUCCAACUUCGUUUCCCGGACACCUACCCUGAUUUCCCCCCUUUGGUCACAUUUGCGACUGAUUUGUUCCAUCCGUUGAUUGUGCCCCUCACGACAUAUACUUUCAGCACGGGGUCCGCCAGCGAUGAUCCUGUCAGCGCAACAGACGAUCAACGAUUACCGCCCGGCGGGUUCAGUCUACGCCAUGGUUUCCCUCAUUGGUUCGGUGGGCCACAGCAGAGCGGCUUCGGGUCGAGGAACACUUCACGAAACGUAAGCGGUACCAGUGCAAGUGCUGCGUCAUCGGUGCGAGGAAGCUCUGCCGACCCAAUUACAGAUGAUGGAGGCCAGUCGAAUACGGACGCUCCAGCAGAGGCAGCGGAUGAUGAGGACAACGAUGUACCAACGCCGCGUCUGGCACAAGUGCCAUCUCCAAAUCAAUUUGCGGAACGAAGGAGUGUUGUUCCAGUAUCAGAGAUUUUGAACUACAUUCGGUCCACGUUUGACGACGAGAUGGUUUUGGAUUCAGUGCCCGUUGAAGUUGCAGGAAAUCCUGGAGCAUGGCAUGCAUGGCAGGCACAUCGCCGGGGUGGUAUUGGUCGGGGACAGCUGAAACGGGGAAGCCCGCAGGCUCGGCUUCCGGGCGACUGGCACUGGGAUGGAAUUUGGGCCCGAAGAGUGAAAGAUGAGAUUGAAAACUCUCGCUCCGAGCCGAUGCUGUAUGGAAGUGCUGCUCGCGGGGGAACAGAUGAAAUGAUUCGGUUCUCGCGCCUGGAUGACACUACCUCGAGCUCAGUCAAGAAAAAGAUGGCUGCCAUGGCAGAGAAUGCAAUCUAA